AUGACUAGAUUCCAAGGGUUGAUUCAAACUCAAGCAACCAUGUCGUUAAUCAGAAACUACCGUAAACAAGCUAUCGAAGUUGUGUGGAAGAAUCCAGAAAUCGGAUGUACAAAGCUAAACUUUGACGGUUCCAGAGGAAGCAAAGGACAAGCCAGCAUUGGAGGGAUAUUCAGGAACCACAAAGCCGAGUUCCUUCUCGGAUACUCAGAGUCCAUAGGGGAAGCCACAAGCACUGUGGCAGAAUUCGCAGCGCUCAAGAGAGGCCUCGAGCUGGUUCUUGAGAACGGGUGGACCGAUCUAUGGCUCGAAGGAGAUGCAAAGAUCAUAGUUGACAUCAUCUCCAAGAGAGGGAGAUUGAGAUGUGAAGAAGCGAGAAAACAUGUGAACUACAUCAAUGUGGUUAUGCCUGAGCUUAGCAACUGCGUGUUAAGCCAUGUUUAUAGAGAAGGGAAUAGAGCAGCUGAUAAAUUGGCUAAGUUAGGACAUCAGUUUCAGAAUCCCAAAGUCUGGAGGGUGAAGCCUCCGGAGAUAGUCCUACCGAUUAUGCAUGAAGAUGCACAAGGUAAGAUUGUUCUUAGAACAAAAUGA